ACUGCGGGCUGCUCUUUGCCCUUCCUCUAUAGGCAGUGCGGCAGUUCCGGGUCGGAGCUCAGAGUCCCGCGUUGAUCUCCUCGGUGCUCCUGUUGGUACCGGCUGGGACGGAACCCUGGCGGAGCCGCAGAUAGCAGCCAAUCCAGAAGCAGGAUGGAUAUAGACGUACUGAACAUGUUCCUGGUGGCGGGGGGGACCCUCCUUGUCCCUAUAUUGGCCUUUGUGACCUCCUUCCUCCUCUGGCCGGCCGCACUCAUCAACAUUUAUUACUGGUACUGGCGCCGGGCCCUCGGGAUGCAGGUUAAAUACUCCAGCUAUGGGAACUACCAGUUCUGCUACACGUCCCGCGGGAAGCCCGGCAACAAGCCCUCCGUCCUGAUGCUCCAUGGAUUCUCCGCGCAUAAAGACAUGUGGCUGUCGGUGGUUAAGUUCCUUCCCAAGAACCUGCACCUGGUGUGUGUGGAUAUGCCAGGCCACGAGGGCACCACGCGCUCACCAUUAGAUGACUACUCCAUCAGCGGGCAAGUUAAGCGGAUACACCAGUUUGUGGAAAGCAUCGGGCUGAACAAGAAGCCUUUCCAUUUGGUCGGUACCUCGAUGGGGGGGAAUGUCGCUGGCGUUUACGCUGCCCAGUACCCAACCGACAUCAGCAGCCUGACCCUUAUCUGUCCUGCAGGCUUGGAUUAUCCAAACGAUAGCACAUUCCUGAAACACCUGAAGGGCCUGGAGAAAUCCAGUCCGGACGACCAGAGGAUCCCGCUCAUCCCGUCCACAGCAACAGAAAUGCAGGAGAUGCUGCGACUCUGCUCGUUUGUUCGCUUCAAGAUCCCACAGCAGGUCCUGCAGGGGCUCGUUGAUGUGCGCAUUCCCCAUAAUGAAUUUUACAGAAGACUAUUUUUGGCUCUUGUCGACGAGAAGUCAAGGCACAGUUUGCAUGAAAACAUGGGCAAAAUUGUGGCUCCCACCCAAAUAAUCUGGGGCAAACAAGACCAGGUUCUGGAUGUAUCUGGCACUGAAGUUUUGGCCGGUUCUAUCCGCGGGUGCCAGGUAGAGAUUCUGGAGAACUGCGGGCACUCCGUAGUGAUGGAACGGCCCAGGAAGAGCGCCAAACUCAUGACGGACUUCUUGUCUUCCCUUCAGAGCACAGAGAACAAUAAGAAACACGAUUAAUAUUUCUCUAACGAGAGCACAAAGUUGUUCUCUGCCGUCGCUGCUCUGAGUCUCUCAGGGAUCUGGCAGAACCAGUAGGAAUAAAAUGUAGUCCCCGGGCCAAGACCCAACGAUGAUCUCCUUCUGUGCCCCCUGGCACAGCCCCUGGCACGGGGAAUGGAGAUACCAAUGGUCAUUGGAACUGGAAGCCGGCCCAAGCAUUUCAUAUUUAAUUCUCCCCAAUUGGACCCUGUGUGAGGUCCAGACCAUGACCGGCCCCUAAGCCCAGUCCUCUGCCAAGUCAGGCCUUUAGGCUCUCAGCCUGCUGCAUGUAGUUCAACAAGCACCGGCAACAUUUUUUAUUUGAAAUUCUCCUUUUUCCUAUAAAUUUAAUAUAGCUGAGGUGCCAACAGUGGGCCGGGAUACCGUACAGCGCUGCGGGGGAUGUUGGCGCUACAUAAAUGAGCGUAAAACUUCAGGGAAAUAGCCCCUAGCGACAAGCGUCCAUUAAACCAGCCAAUGAGAGCAACGGUAAUUUAACCAUUUAAUUCCGAGAGCACAGAUAGUGUUAAUAAUUGGGGUAAAUCAUAUGCAAGACAAGUUUGGGAAUGUCACAUGUCAUCGAACAACCAAUCCCUGCAGGGAAAUCCCGCUACAUGGAAAACUCCAAAUACAAUAGGUGAUCCCACCCCAGUGAUCCAGCCCAUAGCAGGAGGAAUAAUAGCUCAAUGGGUUAAUGUGAGGAAUGUUCUAAUUAACCCUAACGAGUAUGCUAAUGAACGUACUGUAACUAUUUUUCUAUAGAGAUCAGUGUUUAAACCGUGCACAAAAAUACUGUGACAAUGACCUUUAUCUGGGCGAGACUUGACCUUGUGGCUCCAUGAUGCACAGACGCAUGCAGAGCAUUUCUACUUCUGAUAAUAAAUCAUAAUGAGAAAA